AUGACUGUCACACGAUUUCCACCGGGAGCUGCAAGACAAACUGCAGGUUGUGAUCUUCAAGCAGCGACAAUUGGAAAAGACGGAUUGGACAGAUAUCUAGUUAUUCCGUCCAAGCGAGUGGUAGUGAAAGGAAAGCAUGAGAGGCCCCAGGAUGAACAUGGCUUCAUUUCACGACACGCUGUACGAAAAUAUGCUCUACAUAAGCGAUAUGAUCGGAAGGAGCUGGUUUUAGCGCUGUCUUUAGAAGUAGUGAUAAUAAUGAAGAUUCCGAAACCAUCUGAAGAGCAUAACGCUAAUGCGUAUUAUGCAGAUUGA